CUUUUAGAUCCCAGGGUCCUGUUUGUCUGCGGAGUUGACUUUCAGCAGCUGGUGGCGCACACAAAAUAUUUGGAGCACUUUCGGGAGAUUUUUAAAAUCGUAUUUAAGCAGAAAUUAUGAGCUUUGCCAGAUGUCGUCUUUCCGUUGGAAAGCUGUUAGGUCAGAGGAUUUCUCAGACAUGGAGCCAAAGAGGAAUGUGUCUUAAACCACAGGAGGUCAAAGAACGGACUCCAUCUGGAGCUGGGUUCAAACUCCCAGGCUACAAACCCUCGGAGAUGGACAAAAGGAUGCUGCUCUGGUCAGGACGCUUCAAGAGUGCAGACCAGAUACCAGAGUUUGUGGCGUUUGAGACGAUUGAGGCUGCCAGAACCAGAAUGAGAGUAAAAUUCUGCUAUGUGAUGAUUGUAAGCACAUUGGCUGCGUGUGUGCUGAUGGUAAUUCAGGGCAAAAAGGCUGCACGCAGAGACGAGUCUCUGACUGCUCAAAACCUGGAGAAAAAAGCUAAGUUGAAAGCAGAAGCUCUGGUUCAGAAGUCGGAGUGAUUUUUUUCCCCCCUUUUCCUAUUGUGUGUAUUCAGCUUCUUCACUCCCAACCUUUUGGAGAAGUAGAGCACAGCUUCUUGAGAUCCAGUAGUGUGGGAACCUGAGUUUACAGGUUUUUAAAAUAUAUUCUUGGCAUUUCCUAGACAGCAAAAAUGACCCAGUGAACAGAAUUGGAUUCAUUUCAAUGUUUCCAGUAAAAAUUAAAGUAAGUAAAUUAAAAAAAGGCCUUCCUGUUUUAAAACCAUCGUCAGAGACAACGGUAUUUUGUAGUGAUGGACACGGAAGGGUUAGAAAUACGUCAUCCAUCUGUACCAUUACUAUGUAACUAGAGCUGUUUAUUCAUAUCUAUUGUGACUUAUGUUUGUAUAGAGAGCACCAAAAUUGAGUUUAAUAAAAUGUUUAAAAAUUC